AGUCUCAUUCAAACAUUGCAUCGAUGGGAUAUCAGAUCAAAGAAAUCUCGACAAAGCCGUUUGAAGGCCAAAAGCCAGGGACAUCAGGUCUCAGAAAACGUGUAAAGGUGUUCCAGCAGGAGCAUUAUACAGAGAACUUUAUCCAAGCUAUCUUUGAUUCUAUCAAAGCGGAGGGGGCAACGCUCGUCAUCGGAGGCGAUGGUCGUUACUUUUCCCCAGAAACCGUACAGACUAUCCUCAAGAUCGGGUCUGCUAACGGGGUGGCGAAGUUCAUUGUUGGAAAGGACUCUAUCCUAUCUACCCCUGCAGCAUCCAAUGUCAUCAGGAAGUACAAGGCUGAUGGUGGUAUUUUGUUGACGGCGAGCCACAACCCUGGAGGACCUAACAAUGACUUUGGUAUCAAGUACAAUGUCUCCAACGGUGGUCCUGCACCUGAAAACGUCACCGACAAGAUAUACGAGAAGACAAAAACCAUACAGAAAUAUAAAGUCAUUGAAGCUGACCCGGUCGACCUUUCAAAAAUCGCUGAGACGUCUUACGGACCCACGAAAGUCUCAAUCAUUGAUUCAGUCGCGGAUUACCUUACACUACUAGAGUCCAUCUUCGAUUUUGCGCUGAUCAAAGACUUCUUGCACAACAACUCUGAUACCUUCCGUGUGCUCUUCGAUGGUCUGCACGGCGUCACAGGUCCAUAUGCACGCGCUAUUCUCGUUGGAGCUCUUGGCCUUCCUGAGUCAGCUGUGCAGAACUGCGUGCCGCUCCCUGAUUUCGGUGGUGGACACCCCGAUCCCAACUUGACAUAUGCACACUCUCUGGUCGAAGUAGUCGAGAAAAACAACAUCCAAUUCGGCGCUGCAAGCGAUGGCGAUGGUGACAGAAACAUGAUUUAUGGAAAGGGCGCGUUUGUAACGCCUAGCGACUCUGUUGCUAUCAUCGCUCACUGGGCUGAUGUUAUUCCGUACUUCAAAAAGACAGGAGGCGUGAAGGGUUUGGCCAGAAGUAUGCCAACGAGCAAAGCCAUCGAUCUCGUGGCGCAGAAGAAAGGGUUGGAAUACUUUGAAGUCCCUACUGGCUGGAAGUUCUUUGGGAACCUGAUGGAUGCUGGCCGUCUCUCGAUCUGUGGUGAAGAGUCGUUUGGAACAGGCUCAGACCAUAUCCGUGAGAAGGAUGGUAUCUGGGCUGUCAUUGCAUGGCUCAACAUCAUUGCUGCCGCAAAUAAAUCAUCUCCCAACAAGCCCAUUGGUAUCAAGGAACUUCUGAACCAACACUACGCCACGUACGGAAGGUCCUUCUUUAGCCGCUACGACUACGAGGAAGUCCCCUCAGAAGGUGCCAACAAGCUCGUCGCUCAGCUCGACGAGGCGAUCAAAACCUCUUCGUUUGCGAACACCAAGCAUCAGUCGCCAAGCACGAAACAGGAUUACACCAUUGCUUCCGUGUCAAACUUCUCAUACACAGAUCCUAUUGAUGGAAGCGUCAGCAAGAACCAAGGGCAGGUUGUAUUGUUUGACGAUGGCUCGCGAGUUGUAUUUAGGCUGAGUGGUACGGGAAGCUCUGGUGCAACUGUACGAAUGUAUGUGGAGAGGUAUGUGGGCCCUGAGGUGGGGGAGAAGGAAUUGGGCAGAGAUACUGCAGAAGGCCUGAAGGGUCUCAUUGAGGUCGCACUGGAAGUCAGCAAGUUGAAAGAGUUCUUGGGUCGGGAGGAACCAACUGUUAUCACUUGAUGAGUGUUGCUGGGCCUGGAGUUUGAAUGCUACAAAAAUGUUUAAAGAUGUGAUGAAUUACAUGGGGGAAAUGUGAUAUCUGUUGUGAAUAGACCUUGAUUAGGUGUCGAAGACUGAAUCAUGCGAUCGUAAUAGGCACGGCCUCGCAUCGCAUGCAGUACCAACUUGAACGAUGGUAGCCCAUCGAAGAAAACUGUUGGAAACCAUGUUAACAUUGACAUCGCAAACUUUAUAAGAUCAAUGUAUAAUUAUGACUUACGGUGGUCU